AUGACCGGGGCAGAGGCUGCAGGCUCAGGUAAUCUUGUUAUGGGUCGAUGCAUGAUAGCAGGUGAAUCUUUGUGUGUACUGUUUGAUUCUGGAGUGACACACUCAUUUGUGUCAUUUGCUUGUGUGGAGCGGUUAGGUUUGCCGGUGCGCGAACUGCAGUGUGAACUUGCAGUAUCUACCCCGGCGUCGGGUCUGGUCAGGACGUCGUCCUUGUGUGUUAGCCUUUCAGUAGAGGUAGAGGGACGCAGGUACAGGGUAAAUCUAAUCCGUCUGCCUCUACAGGUGUUGGAGGUGAUCUUAGGAAUGGAUUGGCUCUCUGCUAAUCGCAUUUUGAAAGAUUGUCGAGAGAAGAAGCUGUUUUUUCCCAGCGUAGAGGAGCCUGAGUUGGUGUCUUCUUAG